AUGGCAGCAGCCUCUGCUUUGGCGGUGACAACAGUCGCUGAAGUAGUUUUAGAAGUCAAGGAGGCUGCCUCCGUGGAGGCCCCAGCUGCAGAAGAAGCCGCUCCAGUCGAGGCCGCACCCAUAGAAGAGGCUCCUACUGCAGUCGAAGAAGCUCCAAUUGAGGCUGCCGCAGCAGAGAUUGUGGAGGGAGACCCUGCAACCUUGAGCAGACGCUGCACCUGUGGAGACGCUGCACAUGCGGUGAGGCAGACGCUGCACCUGCGUGGAGGCAGACGCUGCACCUCGGUGGAGGCAGACGCUGCACCUGCGGUGGAGGCAGACGCUGCACCUGCGGUGGAGGCAGACGCUGCACCUGCGGUGGAAGAGGCGCCAGCUGCGGUGGAAGAGGCGCAAGCUGCUAAGGAGUACAUUGUCGUGGUGCUGGAGGGAGCGAGCAAGUCAGACAAGAGGCCCAAAGUCCUGGGGGUUGGCCCCAUGACCGGCAGGAUUAUCCCAGACGAAGACGAGGCCCCUGCUGCUGAGGGCAAGCGACGGCUGCUUAGGAUGCAGAUGCAGUUGAACCAACUGACAGUAAGCACUUGGAGCCCCUGGAUGAUAUAUCAACCCUGAGGAAGACAAGGGAUGUGCCUUCCCCCACACUUUAACCCUUCCACACACUUUGACCCCUAACCCCUGACAGUCUACCCUUGAUUUUUAUCUGUAGUAUACAACUUUUCUCCCCGUCUUGCAUCAGGGAAUUGUCUGUGUAUAUGUUCAGAUAAUGCCUGCUUUAUGGAAACAAACCUCUGAUAUGUUAUUCUAAUGUACUCCACCUGUUCCAAGAAGAGGUACAUCUUCCUAUUGUAUCACAUCGGAGCCGUUUAGAAAUGGUCCAUCUAUAUAGGCUUCACAACCGAACCUGUGACACUGCAGAUAGUCAGUCAUAUAGUACAAUACAUUACUCUUCUCACCUUUUGAGAUGCGCACAGUCACAAAACACCUGGGAGUUUACUACUGGUUCAUCUGCACAACCUUUAAAAGGAGACUGUCUUUCUCUCAAUGGGAGUUCUAUUUUCUUAGUUUUCAGUAUGGUUGCAGCUGUGAAGGCUAAAGAUACUCUCACAGCAUAGUAUGUCAUAGUUUACUUCACCCAAGAAACCUCACACUAGACUCACUCCAAUGGUGUUUUCUGAUUCUCACCAUCCAAGGCAAUACUACACAUCUGAUGCUCAGCCAGCAAUUGCCUCAUGGCCGGGUAGGAAUGUGACCAGCAUUAUUUAACUAUCCUCAUGUUUUAACUCUUUGGGCUGAUUCCAAUGUGAACAUCACAAGUAUUUAACUCAAAGGGAAGGCUGCUUUUGGAAAUCACUCUAUUUCCGAGUCACUGACUUGUUUUUGGGAGACCAGAUCAAUUAGGUUACCUUACCACCUCAGUAUUCCUCCAGCUUGUGAUCCACAGACCUUUUAUUAAUGCAGUAUUAUAGUUGAACAAACCUUCUCAGUUGCAUGCCAGACAUGUGAUUCAUAUUGGGAAAUGAGCAUAACAACGAAUCAGUCAGGUUUUUACAGUCGGUGUGAUCUCUUCAAGCUAGACUCCGUUGCGUAGUCCAUGAUGUUGCUCUUCAAGAUUUCAUAAGGCAGACAUUUUCCUCUGUUUUUACUUCCUCCCUCCCCCUCUGUUGUAGAGCCUUUCUCUUCUCAGCACCAUGGCUAUUGAAUACACAGCUGUUAGAUAGUCCAUUUAUUUAAGUGACCCUCUAUAGCURAUUGUGGUGAAAAGCUGUAUCUGAAAUAGGAAAAGCCAUGAUUUGAGUGUAUAGCAUGUUUUCCUAGGCUGGUAUAAACAGUUGAGUGUUGUGCUUGUUACCAUAUGAAAGCAGAAUUUUUAAAAACUCUGCAGUCAGGCUUGUGUGGUGGCAUACGUUAAUUCAGCGCUUGAUAUGGCUCAGUAAGUGUUUUUAAAGUUUUUUUCUGCUUUUCAAAUUAGAUGACUUUCUAGUUAGUUUAGAUUCAUAAARACAUGUUCAUAACUUUGUCAGAACCAGUUAAAAUAAUCAGCAGGCCAUACAAGGCUUUCACUGUAGACAUACUCUACAUAUUUGUAGUAGGACUAGUUCUCUUCUCACUUUCCUCACAUAUUAUAUUUUAUUUUUGAUAUGUUAGGCAUAUUUGAAACGGUACCGAGACUGUUGAUAAGAAGUGAAUGUAGGAUAAUUCCUAAUUAAGGAGUGGGAUAAUUCAGUGUGUUUGUCCUAAUGUUUGCAGGCAGGGGUUGAAUGGGCCAUAUAGUGGCUUGUCCUGUGAGUGGAUGGCUUCACACUGUGCAUCUGGCCUAGCAUGGGCUACAAACUGUGACUAUUUGAAACAUUGCUGUUUUUCUGAAAUAAAGGAAUAUUUAAGUUUUG